UCGGGCGAUCGGAUCAAGAACCUACACCACUGUCACCGGCGCCUCAGGCUCAGGACUUUAGGUCGCGCGCGGUAGCACGAGUCCGGAAGAAGCAUCAUGGAGGUUGGGGGUCGCUCAUCCAUCCGCGUCGGACCUCGGAUCUACCGCACGAGUUUGCUCGCAUCUGCUGCUGCCUGCAACAACGCCAUCCGACGGAUUUCUGACGCUACAAGCAGUGGCAGCAGCUCGGGUUCCUCUCGGCUGUCGUCCGAUCGCGAGUCCCAUGCGCCUAGCGAUCUCUUCUGGUUGUUCUACCAAGAAGUGCUACUGACCAUGUUGGGCUCCGAGGAAUCCUGCGGCGCCAGCAACUGCAGCAUCAACAAUGGACACGACGACCGGGACAUGGAUAGGUUGCUAAGGCAGCUGGACGUCGGCUGGGUUCUUCACGCCGCCGACGCUGACUCUGAUGCCGGGAGCUCACGCCAGCUCCGGCAUCGCACGGCGACGUGGCUAAGGGCUCUAGCUGAAAUCCUGCACACCUAUUCGUACUUCCGGAACAAUGGUGCUACUCCAGCUCCAGCUGGGAAUUUUUUCUGCGUAAUGCAUCGGCGCUACUGGGAGGAGGUGAGCGGCACGCCGGACCAGCAAAAUUUCACACGUUUUGCUGGUGCAGCGAUAUCCAAGAUGCUCCCGUUUGUUGACUCUCUGGUUGCUCCAGCACCACCACGGACGGCUACCGUUGAUGAUGGGGCACUGCCAGCUCAGAGGCUGCAGGCACUGAUACAGGUACGCGGCGCUCUCACCAGGAUACGCGGCAUUGCAGAGCUUCGUCCGGCAACCUCCGCGGAGGUUGCAAGCGUACACGACGAGCUGUUCAGUCUCUUGUCAGCAAAACUGGCCAGAUUGGAUGAGGCCGUGUGGAACACCAUGGAAGAGGUUAGGGCUUGUGUCAUGUCAUCAACGGAGGAGGAUGACGACGGCGGCGGCGGCGGCAGCGACUCAGACUCGUGGGGCAAUCACAGCGUACUCCAUGGAUCAUCCCACAUUCACAGGAUGACUCGUUCCGUACUAAACUACACCAACCUGCUCCAGACUGAUUACGGGUCAUUGCAUCGAAUUGUAUACGAAGCUGCCAAGCUCCGUAAAUGUGCGCCUGCGAUUGGCAGCAUUGGUACUUUAGCCAGCCUCAAACUGGAGAUGCUAUCCUGUCUUGAAGGAAAGCUUGAUGAAGAGUCGCAAUCGUUCCCAAACCAGAGCCUCCGGUACCUGUUCUUGAUCAACAACUUGUACUUUGUGCAGCAGCAGUUUCUUCCAAUGCCCGAUAUGAAGUUCCAUAUGCCCGUUCUCGCUACCAAAAUCGACAACUACAUACAGAUAUAUCUGCAAGUGUCUUGGUCACCAGUCCUUUCAUGCUUGCACAGUCCUGCGCCACUUUGCCUAGGAAGAUACUCCUCCUUGCCCAAGUUCGAGUCUGAGUUUCACAAAGUCUACAGUACCCAGAAGCUCUGGAAGGUUCCGGAUCCUGAGCUGAGGACAAGGCUGCGGAAAGCUGUCAUCGAGAAAGUCAAUCCAAGCUUUACAGAAUACUUGCAGGAUAGUACUGUAAUCACCGAAGGAAUCACUCUCACUCCUCAGGAGCUCGAGGAGAUGUUGCAAGAGUUAUUUGAAGGAUGAAAAAUUACGCAGCAAAAUAUUUUAUUUCCAUAUGAACAUGAUUGUACUUUAGCUAUGUUUCCAUCUAUAUGCGUUCCCUAUUUUUAUUUCGGUUUGGGAAUAAAAUUCUGUGCCUUUAAAUGAUUCCA